AUGGCCCAGAAAACACCCACAGCCAAUGAAAUGGAGGGCGUCCAAGAGGCUGUCCUCAAGAGCACUCAUCGGAAGCUCAUCUCAGGCUCCCACAUCCUGCACUAUCACAACGUCUUCGAUGCAUACGGCCACCUCUCGUGCCGGCACCCCUUCAAGCCAAACGUGUUCAUCAUGUCCCGAGAGGCCGCGCCGGGCACUAUUUCGUCGCCAGCAGACUUGAUCGAGUACUUUGUGUCAAACGCCGAGCCUGUGGUUGCAAACUCCGCCAACGGCUUUGCUGAGCGACACAUCCAUAGUGAGAUAUACAAGCAGUACCCAUCUACACAGGCUGUUCUGCAUUCGCAUGCUGAUUCUGUGAUACCUUACACCAUCAGUGGUGUGCCACUGCGUCCUUGUUAUCAUAUGGCCGGUUUCCUAGGAAAUUGGGUAAACGUUUUUGACAUUGCAUCAUCGUACCAAGCUACGGACAAAAAGGACAUGCUUGUUCGAAAUGAACAUCUGGGAGCUGCAUUGGCCAGGAACUUCGACUUUGGACAGGCAGUUGUCUUGAUGCGGGGACAUGGCUUUACCGCCGUGGCGGAGAACAUUGAGGAGUGUGUGCUGAGGGGGAUUUAUACUGCACGCAACGCAGCAAUACAGACUGCCGCGUUGACGACGCAGGCUGCGUAUGGAAGCCGAGAUGGCCCGCUUCAACCCAUCAAGUAUCUGAGCCCAGAGGAAGCAGAGGCUGCAAAAGAUAUGGCGAAGUGGUCGGCGCAGCGGCCCUGGAAGCUGUGGUUGAGAGAGGUGGAUACUUCCAAUUUAUAUGUGAAUGCUGCAUGA